GGCGAGCGGGCAGGCGGGCGGGCCGGCGAGCACCCUGGCCGGCGGGGCCCGCGGCGCGCCCCGCGUCCCAUGGAUAUAGCAACAGGUCCCGAGUCGCUGGAGAGGUGCUUCCCCCGCGGGCAGACGGACUGCGCCAAGAUGCUGGACGGCAUCAAGAUGGAGGAGCACGCCCUGCGCCCCGGGCCCGCCACUCUGGGGGUGCUGCUGGGCUCCGACUGCCCGCAUCCCGCCGUCUGCGAGGGCUGCCAGCGGCCCAUCUCCGACCGCUUCCUGAUGCGAGUCAACGAAUCGUCCUGGCACGAGGAGUGUUUGCAGUGCGCGGCGUGUCAGCAAGCCCUCACCACCAGCUGCUACUUCCGGGAUCGGAAACUGUACUGCAAACAAGACUACCAACAGCUCUUCGCAGCCAAGUGCAGCGGCUGCAUGGAGAAGAUCGCCCCCACGGAGUUUGUGAUGCGGGCACUGGAGUGUGUGUACCACCUGGGCUGCUUCUGCUGCUGUGUGUGUGAGCGGCAGCUCCGCAAGGGCGACGAGUUUGUGCUCAAGGAGGGCCAGCUGCUGUGCAAGGGUGACUACGAGAAGGAGAAGGACCUGCUCAGCUCCGUGAGCCCCGACGAGUCCGACUCCGUGAAGAGUGAGGACGAGGAUGGAGACAUGAAGCCAGCCAAGGGGCAGGGCAGCCAGAGCAAGGGCAGUGGGGACGACGGGAAGGACCCCCGGAGGCCCAAGCGACCCCGGACCAUCCUCACCACGCAGCAGCGAAGAGCCUUCAAGGCCUCCUUUGAGGUGUCCUCCAAGCCCUGCCGAAAGGUCCGAGAGACUCUGGCGGCGGAGACGGGCCUCAGCGUGCGUGUGGUCCAGGUCUGGUUUCAGAACCAAAGAGCCAAGAUGAAGAAGUUGGCACGGCGGCACCAGCAGCAGCAGGAACAGCAGAACUCCCAGCGGCUGGGCCAAGAGGUCCUGUCGAGUCGCAUGGAGGGCAUGAUGGCCUCCUACACGCCGCUGGCCCCCCCACAACAGCAGAUCGUGGCCAUGGAGCAGAGCCCCUACGGCAGCAGCGACCCCUUCCAGCAGGGCCUCACGCCGCCCCAAAUGCCAGGUGACCACAUGAACCCCUAUGGGAACGACUCCAUCUUCCAUGACAUCGACAGCGAUACCUCCUUAACCAGCCUCAGCGACUGCUUCUUGGGCUCCUCGGACGUGGGCUCCCUGCAGGCCCGCGUGGGGAACCCCAUCGACCGGCUCUACUCCAUGCAGAGUUCCUACUUCGCCUCCUGAGAGCCAGCUGGCUGCAUGGACGCUUGGGCCAGGGUCCUGGGGUGGGCCUGCGGCCGCCGCAGCCAGCCCCACCGCCCGCAUAGACUCUACACACAGCCAUACGGUGCCCUUUCCUGGGCCAGCCGGGCAGGCAGAUGGGCGCAGCCUGGGCAGGGCUGUAUCCUGCCCACAGAGACCGUGUCACCCCAGGGACCCAGAGUCUCGGAAAGCCACUCGCCUCCCAGCCCCACCUCGGCCUCCAUCACCUCCUUCUCCCUACCCAUCUCUUUUUUGGGAAGCUUAAAUUCUCUCUAUUUUUUUAAACGUCCUCUCUGUGUCCAGCCAACCUCCACAGGCCGGGCCUAGGCCAAGGCAAGGCCCCCGCGCGUGCCCCGGGGCAGGGAUGCUGCGCACGGCACCCAUCACCUGUGAGAAGCGUAGGACCCUGCGCCCUGGGCUGGUGCCCACCUCCCCCACCUCCAAGGGCAGGCCUGCCAGCCUGGGUUCACCUGUCCCAGCCCGAGCCUGGAACAGAAGUAGGGAAGAGCUUGGCAGGUGUGCCGAGCCCACUGAGGCACAGCCCUGAGGGGGAGUCCCUGGGGAGGGUAGACUGAGCCUCUCCUGCAAACACGCACACGCGAAGGCACACCCGUGCGAUACGCACACAGAUAUA